AUGGGGACCUGGAUUUUGUUUGCCUUCCUGUUUGGAACAGCCUUCACUAUGCCUCUACCACCUCAUCCUGGGCACCCUGGUUAUAUCAACUUCAGCUAUGAGGUGCUUACUCCUUUGAGGUGGUCCCAGAGCAUGAUAAGGCAGCCGUAUCCUUCCUAUGGUUACGAACCCAUGGGUGGAUUGCUGCACCACCAAAUCAUCCCCGUGCUGUCUCAACAGCAUACCCCGAGUCACACCCUUCAGCCUCAUCACCACAUCCCAGUGGUGCCAGCUCAACAGCCCGUGGCCCCCCAGCAGCCAAUGAUGCCAGUUCCUGGCCACCACUCCAUGACUCCAAACCAACACCACCAGCCAAACCUCCCUCCACCUGCCCAGCAGCCCUUCCAGCAGCCCUUCCAGCCCCAGUCCAUUCAGCCACAGUCUCACCAGCCCAUCCAGCCCAUGCAGCCUGUCCAGCCCGUCCAGCCUGUCCAGCCUGUCCAGCCCCAACCACCUCUGCACUCCCUGCAUCCCCUGCCACCACAGCCACAUCUGCCUCCGAUGUUCCCCAUGCAGCUGCCCCCCUUUCUUCCUGAUUUGCCUCUGGAAGCUUGGCCAGCAACAGACAAGACCAAGCGGGAAGAAGUGAACUCGGGAACUCCGCUAACUCCACCCUGGCAAAACGCCAGGCGCCAUCCCGACUUGGCUGCGGCUCUCAACAGGCAGGGAAGAGGAAGUGCCAAUUCCUGGCCCCAGUUCUCCCCAAGUGCUGCGUCUGAGCAGCUGCAGGCUCACAGCUCCCUCUUGCAUGGUGUGAGACCCAAAGCUGCUCAUGCGCAUUCACCGGCAGCUGUGGCCACCAACGCCCAGCCGCAGCCCAGCACCCCGAAGCAGAGGCGACCUGGCUCCCUGUGGCAGGAGAGGCCAGGCAGCCGAGACCAGGGACCAAUUCCAUGA